AUGAAGGUGGCGCUGCCCACUUACGGAGCAACGACUACAACCUUUACGAGUACCACAAUCUCACUAUCUUACGGUCAAGCGUCUUUCACAAUCCUCUACCCGCCGCCGAAUACUCUGCCGUUGCAAUUUACAACGGUUUCUUCGCAGCCAAACUUGGUCGCAACACACAAGCCUACUGUUUUGCCCGUCCUCGUCCUUACAGACGUUGUAGGCAUAGCGGUUGGUCCCAACAGCGUACCUAUAGCUACCCGAACACUUUCGCAAACACCCCCGCCUCAAGCUACAAACACAAGUGCCACAACAGCAGCAGCAGCUGGCUGUCCGGGCUGGAGCUGCUGGAGCAUCAGCAAAAAAGCACUCGUCGGAACUGCCAUCGGCGUUGGCGCUCUCUUGUCGGCAGACCACCGCCACCUGAUCUCGAAUCUGGACGUCGGCAGACAAAUAUCAAAAUUCACUCCAGGAUUAGAACGCCUAAGCGGCGAAGAUCGCGAAGCGGUUGUGAGGCCGCAGAGCGAGAGGCCCCAAAGUGAAAUGCCGCGGAGUGGAGCGACUUCUGGGCUGCCAUCGGCCGCUGUUCUUCCGGAUAGCUACGAGUCGAUCUGUAGUAGUGAUAUGAGCACACUUCCGGACAUCGUUCGGCCGCCAGACACGGAUCUACCGCGUACUUCGGGGCGCUAUUCUGGCGCUGGGGUAGCUGCUGCUGGGAUUGGACGGGUGGGAGCUGCUGCUGCGUGGAUGGUCGGGGACCAGAGAAUGAAGAGGAUUCCAGCAAAGAGAUCCGUAGGCCGAGGAGGAAACAAAGUAGACGAGUCAAAGACGAGGAUGAUAUCGAGGGCCAACGAAGAAGUCAGAGUCGCAGAGAUAGAGAGGAUCGAGGAAUGGGAAGAGGGGGCGUCAGAGUCAGAAGAGGACGGGAAGAUGAAGAUGAUAUUGAGGAUAGAAGAAGGCGGCGCAGCUAUGACGCUCGAGAUGAGGACGAAUUCGAAGUCAGAAGAGAUCACAGCCCGCGACGAAAGCGUCUCACCACGACCCCAAGAACGCUCGAAGGACAAGAAGAAGGAGCCGCGAAAGUCAGAAAGUGGAGGCUGGCACAAAUACCUCCCUCUGCUUCCCUUGGUGUUUGGCCUUGUUCACACGUACGCCGAGCCCGAUGGAGGGUGGGAGCAGUUUAUUCCAGAGGAGAAGCGCAAAGGGAAAGGGAAAUUGAAGCAGCUGGCCGAAGAGCAGUUCGACAAGCAUCAUAAGAAAAUCCCCAUGAGCUUCCGCAGACACGACAACGCUACGCGCUCCAAAUCCUCCGACCGAGCAUACGACUCGACACGCAGACGAGACUCUAACCGCGAAGAGAGGGAUGGGAAACGAACCCGGUCCAUCCGUCCACCAACAUACAGCCCAGCCCGAGAACCAUUCAGUAGCACAGCUCCCGAGCCCGGAAGCACCCUAUCGCCAUCGCCCUCUCCACCGCCAAGACGCAGACAGUCGACCAGAGAUCACGAGAGACGAAGAAGCGGGAGGCAUGGAUUCGAUGGCGCUGAUGAUGAUGGAUAUGUCGAUUAUGCGCGUGAUGGAGACACGUCAUCGUUGUCGAGGGGGUCUCGGGUGUCCGUUGGGUAUAAGGAGCCAGUGCCGAAGAAUAUGGCCUUCCAUCAUCACCAGCCGGUGAAGACGCCUAGUCCAUUGGGGCCGGGCCUAGAGCAUAAGCUGAGACACAUUCCUACGCUCUUGAAGCCUCCUACCCCCCCGGAUUCGGACCACGCCAUCAGCAUCCUGUGA